AUUCUUGUGAUCGGAUCUAGUAAAAAAGGCGCACGAAAGGUGUGGGACAUUUAACAAAGGCAAAACUCAAGGUGCAGCAACUUGUGCGCGAUACAAUAUGGAAAUGAAAAUCGAUCAUCUUAGCGUGACAUCAUAACAGAUCACGUGGCAUUUAAAAGGUAGUGUAUAGGAAAACAACCAGUACAAAAAUGGCCGGACAGGGGUGUGUUACAUACCCGCAUCAAGUAAGGGAAAAAGUAGCAGGCAAGACGAUUCUGGUGAUCGGGUCUAGUAAAAGUGGUGCACGAAAGGUGUGGGACAUUUUUAUAGAAGAUAAAAUCCAGGUCAUAUUGGUGGCAAAUGAAGCUUCGAAUUUCGGGGCGGACAAAGUGGAUACCUUCAUUUGGUAUGACUAUUACGCAGGAAAGUCAGACAUGGAGAAACAUGCAGAUAACAUAAUCGAACUUCUUGGAGAUCGUGUUAGAGAUAUUGAUGGGUGUUUUACCUUCACAGAAGAUGAUACACCUAUAACAGCUACCGUCUGUAGGAAGCUUCAACUCAGAGGGUUUCAUCCGGACGCAGCCCUAACAGUACGGAGCAAGUAUAAAACGUAUGAAGCCCUCAGAUCCAAAAUAAAUAAUACAAAAUACAAUACGGAAGAGUAUUCACCCGUUUCUUACCGUAUUCAAAGUGAGGAAGACAUGAAAGAAGCAAAGAAUAUUAUCUACCCUGCCAUUUUGAAGCCUGAACACGCUGUAAGUUCCUGGGGAGUAGUGACGGUAAUGUCUGAAGACGACUGUAUUCUGCAGUUUAAAAGGAUUCAGAAGAGCUUUGAAGCCGCUUCUCAUGCUGAACCAUAUGGAAAGUCGAAGGUUCUGAUGGAACGUCUUGAAGGUCCUUCCUAUGAAGUUGAUGUGAUUAUAUAUGAUGGUGAACUUAUCGCUGCUUUCGUUGCCGACAUUGGUCGAUACCUCCCCGAUAAAGUUGCCUGCACCAGUAUAUGUAUACCUUCCAGUCUUUGCGAAGAGCUACAAGAUCAACUGAAGACAGCUGCGCAUCAAUGCUGUUGUAAAGCUGGGUUACUGAAUGGAGUCUUCAACUCAGAAUUUAAAAUGACAAAAGCUGGUCUAAAACUUGUGGAGAUCAACGGUAGAACCGGUAGUUACCGCAGAUGUAUUGUCUACAAAACUACAUAUGGCGUUAUCAUAUGGGAAAUUGCAGCCGCCAUCGCUUGUGGAAUCAAGCCCUAUUUUCCAUCUUUAUCUACGAGAUGUUUUGCUGUUGGAAUAUUCCUUUUCAGUAAGUAUCACGGGAAACAAUUUCUCAAAGAGGACGUCAAACAAAAGCUGAAAGUCCUGGCUGAAGCAAAACAAAUAAUCCUUGAAACGCGACACGAGAAUGUAGACCCACAAUGUGAUGAGGAUUUUCUCCAAACUUUCUGUCACCUAGUUGCACUCAACAGCACAGGCAUAAAAGGUGCGAGACAAGAGCUGAUAAAAAUUUACAGAGACCUCGGGUUUUCAGAGGAAGAGUUUGACAUUGAACGAUUAACAAGUUUGUGGUCAUAA